GAUUGGGGAGCCUCAGCUCUGGAUUUCCACAUGACAACUGCCCUUACCAACCCUGAAACAUAAAGGCCAAGAUCCAGCCAUACUUUAAUGGACCCCAGAGGCAUCUUGAAGGCAUUUCCCAAGCGGAAGAAAAUUCAUGCCAAUUCAUCAUCAGAAGCACUUGCAAAGAUUCCCAAGAGGGAAGAGGGAGAAGAAACAGGAGAGUGGCUGAGCUCCCUUUGGGCCCAUGUUGUGCCCACUGGCAUUGGACGAGCUCGAGCAGAACUCUUCGAGAAGCAGAUUGUCCAGCAUGGUGGCCACAUAUGCCCUCUGCAGGCCCCAGGUGUCACUCACAUUGUGGUGGAUGAAGGCGUGGACUAUGAGCGGGCCCUUCGCCUCCUUAGACUGCCCCGGCUGCCCCUGGGUGCUCAGCUGGUGAAGUCAGCCUGGCUGAGCUUGUGCCUACAGGAGAAAAGGCUGGUGGAUGUGGCUGGAUUCAGCAUCUCCAUCCCCAACAGGUAUUUGGAUCAACCACAGCCCAGCAAGGCAGACCAACAUUCUACUCAUCCUGGUGCCCAUGAGACUCUGCUUAGGACAGACGUUUGUCCUCCUUCUCCCACUAGACCUGCAUCUCCUCCCCAAAAGGCAGAAGAGGCACCAAGCACCCAAGCCCGGCCCAUCUCUGAUGAUGAAACCAGUGAUGGGGAAGAAACCCAGGUCAGCACAGCUGAUCUGGAAGCCCUAAUCAGUGGCCACUACCCCACCCCACUUGAGGGAGAUCGUGAGCCUAGCCCAGCACCUGGGCCCCUUGAUAAGUGGGUCUGUGCACAGCCCUCAAGCCAGAAGGCCAACAACUAUAACCUCCACAUCACAGAGAAGCUGGAAGUGCUGGCCAAAGCCUACACUGUUCAGGGAGACAAGUGGAGGGCUCUGGGCUAUGCCAAAGCCAUUAAUGCUCUUAAGAGCUUCCACAAGCCUGUAACCUCCUACCAGGAGGCCUGCAGCAUCCCCGGGAUUGGGAAGCGGAUGGCCGAGAAGAUCAUAGAGAUUCUGGAGAGUGGGCAUCUGCGAAAGCUGGACCACAUCAGCGAAAGUGUGCCUGUCUUGGAGCUCUUCUCCAACAUCUGGGGAGCUGGGACCAAGACUGCCCUGAUGUGGUACCAUCAGGGCUUCCGAAGCCUGGAAGAUAUCCGGAACCAGGCCUCCCUGACUACCCAGCAGGCCAUUGGCUUGAAGCAUUACGAUGAUUUCCUAGAACGCAUGCCCAGGGAAGAGGCUGCAGAGAUUGAGCAGACAGUCCGGGAAGCAGCGCGGGCCUUCAACCCUGGGCUGCUGUGUGUGGCCUGUGGUUCAUACCGACGGGGGAAGAUGACCUGCGGUGACGUGGAUGUGCUCAUCACUCACCCGGAUGGCCGGUCCCACCAGGGCAUCUUCAGCCGCCUCCUUGACAGCCUGCGGCAGCAAGGAUUCCUCACAGAUGACUUGGUGAGCCACGAGGAGAACGGCCAGCAACAGAAGUACCUGGGUGUGUGCCAGCUCCCAGGGCCAGGGCGGCGGCACCGGCGACUGGACAUCAUCGUCGUGCCCUACAGUGAAUUUGCCUGCGCCUUGCUCUACUUCACCGGCUCUGCCCACUUCAACCGUUCCAUGCGGGCCCUGGCCAAGACCAAGGGCAUGAGCUUGUCGGAGCACGCCCUCAGCACAGGUGUUGUCCGGAACACCCAAGGCGUCAAGGUGGGGCUUGGCCAAGUGCUGCCCACCCCCACAGAGAAGGAUGUCUUCAGGCUCCUAGGCCUGCCCUACCGAGAACCAGCCGAGCGGGACUGGUGACCGUGCCUGUCUGGGAGGGGGAGCUGAGCUGGAUUGGCUGCCCCACCUGGCCAGCCAGCAUCCCCCUCCAGCCUCAGCUGGCUGAACUUCUACUUCAACCACCAGCUGUCCUCAGCGAGCCUGAGCCCAGGGCUCUGGGCCUGAGGGAAAGCCAGCCUGGCUCCCAGGGUCUGCCCGGCCCUCUCCCAGGCAGGAGCAGGCUGCUGUCCCUUUUACCUCACCACUGCUCCUGGGAGAGUUUUGCAAAUGGCCCCUUGCCCCAUUUUAAGCAGGAACAGGUGGCUGGUUUGAAACCCCCAGGCACCCCCCUUCCCGCCCUGGGAAAGGUCUAGCUGCUGGGGGUGGGAUAGGAGCUGCAGGGGGAGAGGCAAGCAGCUGUGCUCACAGCAUCAUCCACGACCUGCUGGAGCAGGAGAAUGAGCCAUUCCACACGUAUUCCCUCUACCCACCCCACUUCCUGUGCAGCUGGCCGUGCUGGGAAGGGGGCGCCCCAGGCUCGGUGAGGAUAGCAUUUGGAGGCCCAGGGUCCCAGUAAAGUGCAUUUGACAUU